CAAUCAUUGGGCCACCUGAUGUAAAAGUGAAGUCUGAGUCUGGGUCCCUGCAUGUGGAUUUCAUAGGCCCUUUUGCUGAACACCAACAGGACAAGUGGUCUUUAAAGCAAUAUUACGGCUCGUGGAAUUACAGAAUACUGUACUGGAAGAAAGGCAGCAAUACAGAGGUAACUCACAUAGAUACUAAACAUAACUCUGAAAUAUUAUCUCAGCUGGAGCCAUGGACGAUAUAUUGUAUUCAAGUGCAAGCAGUUAUCCCUGAGUGGAACAAAACAGGGGAACUGAGCAGAGAGCUUUGUGAGCAGACAACCCACAAUGGUGUCACUCCUGUGUGGAUAAUUGUGACCGUUCUUAUAGGAUCAAUGUUGGCUGUUGUAAUAUGUGUUCCUGUUUGUUUCUUUUCCUUUUUGUAUCUAUAUCGACUCACCAAACAUGUUUUCUGCCCUUCAUAUAUUUUCCCACAACACUUGAAAGAGUUUUUGAGCAAGCCUCCCAGUGGUUCACAGUUUUUUUCUCCGCUCCCAGAAGAGGAACAUCUUUUUUAUGACAAGCUAACUGUCAUUUCAGAAGAAUCCAAAAAUCAAAGCGAUGAGACAGGGGAUGAGGCCAGCAAGACCACAGAGCACCUUCAGGACUCUGAACAUGAACAUUGUGAUUCAGGAAUAGUAACAGCUUCAGAAAAGGACUAAAUGCACUCCUCAUGCUUCACUC